CUUGGCGAGGCGGCAGAGACGCUUAGCGGAGGUGAAAGCUUUGGGGGAAAGGAAAGUCCAGCGGCAAGAUGCAGAGCUGGAGUCGUGUGUACUGUUCCUUGGCUAAGAGAGGCCAUUUCAAUCGAACAUCUCAUGGUCUGCAAGGAGUUUCUGCGGUGCCACUAAGAACUUAUGCAGAUCAACCAAUUGAUGCUGAUGUAACAGUGAUAGGUUCUGGUCCUGGAGGAUAUGUUGCUGCUAUUAAAGCUGCCCAGUUAGGCUUCAAGGCAGUGUGCGUUGAGAAAAAUGAAACACUCGGUGGAACAUGCUUGAACAUUGUUGGUUGUAUUCCUUCUAAGGCUUUAUUGAAUAACUCUCAUUAUUACCAUAUGGUCCAUGGAAAAGAUUUUGCAUCUAGAGGAAUUGAAAUGUCUGAAGUUCGCUUGAAUUUAGAGAAGAUGAUGGAGCAGAAGAGUAAUGCAGUAAAAGCUUUAACAGGUGGAAUUGCCCACUUGUUCAAACAGAAUCAGGUUGCCCAUGUAAACGGAUAUGGAAAGAUAACUGGGAAAAAUCAGGUCACCGCUAUGAAAGCCGAUGGCAGCACCCAAGUUAUUGAUACAAAGAACAUUCUUAUAGCCACAGGUUCAGAAGUCACUCCUUUUCCUGGAAUUACGAUUGAUGAAGAUACAGUAGUGUCAUCUACAGGUGCUUUGUCUUUAAAAAAAGUUCCAGAAAAGAUGGUUGUCAUUGGUGCAGGAGUAAUAGAUGUAGAAUUGGGCUCAGUUUGGCAAAGACUUGGUGCAGACGUGACAGCAGUUGAGUUUUUGGGUCAUGUUGGUGGAAUUGGAAUUGAUAUGGAGAUAUCUAAAAACUUACAACGCAUCCUUCAGAAACAAGGAUUUAAAUUUAAAUUGAAUACCAAAGUUACUGGUGCUACUAAGAAGUCAGAUGGAAAAUUUGAUGUUUCUAUUGAAGCUGCUUCCGGUGGUAAAGCUGAAGUUAUCACUUGUGAUGUACUCCUGGUUUGCAUUGGUCGACGACGCUUUACUAAGAAUUUGGGACUAGAGGAGCUUGGAAUUGAGCUGGAUCCUAGAGGUAGCAUUCCAGUAAAUACCAGAUUCCAAACUAAAAUUCCAAAUAUCUCUGCAAUCGGCGAUGUGGUUGCUGGUCCAAUGCUGGCUCUCAAAGCAGAGGAUGAAGGCAUUAUCUGUGCUGAAGGGAUGGCUGGUGGCACUGUGCACAUUGACUACAACUGUGUACCAUCGGUGAUUUACACACACCCUGAAGUUGCUUGGGUUGGCAAAUCAGAAGAGCAGUUGAAAGAAGUGGGUAUUGAGUACAAAGUUGGGAAAUUCCCAUUUGCUGCUAACAGCAGAGCUAAGACAAACGCUAACACAGAUGGCAUGGUGAAGAUACUUGGGCAGAAAUCAACGGACAGAGUAUUGGGAGCACAUAUUCUAGGACCAGCUGCUGGUGAAAUGAUAAAUGAAGCUGCUCUUGCACUGGAAUAUGGAGCAUCCUGUGAAGAUACAGCUAGAGUCUGUCACGCACAUCCGACCUUAUCAGAAGCUUUUAGAGAAGCAAACGUGGCUGCAUCAUUUGGCAAAUCGAUCAACUUUUAAAUUAGAAGAUUAUAUUUUUCUGAAAUUUCCUGGGAGCUUUUAUAGAGGUAACAUUUCUGAACAGGAAAUGCUCACAGCUCCAAGAAUUUCUAGGACUGAAUUACAAAACUUUUGGAAGGUAUUUAAUAGGUUUGGACAGA